CGGGCCUCUGCCAGGGCGCUGACUUUGAUGGACGUUUUGGGACCGUUCCCUGCAGCGGAAGCACGUCCUCACCUUUGACCCUAGCCUUCCAGCCCGACCGACGGUUGCCUGGCAACGGCGACGCGGGGCCGCCAUGGACGCGGCGUCGCUGCCCGCUGCCCUGGAGCUGGCGGCCGGCGGCGGCGCGGGGUUGAGCCCGGAGAAGCGGGCGGUGCUGGGGUCCUCGCUGCUGCUCCUACAGCGCGACUACCGCUUCGAUCGGGUCUGGUUCUGGGGCUGCAUCCAGGGCGUGCGCGGCGCCUACUACAUCACCGAGGGGCUGGGCCCCGACCGCGCCGCGCCCCGCAGCCGCCUCUACAGCUUGAACUGCGUGGAAUGGAGCCUCCUGCCACCAGUGACGAAGGAGAUGAUUGCGCAGGCUGAGCAGCUGACGGGCCGCUUCCAGGGAGAUCCUUCUUUUGCGUAUGAGUUUGCUGAGAAAAACGCAGAAGAUGGUGAGAAAUUGAUUGAAGGUGAUAAGGAGACCUCGAUCAAGGAGGAGGUCCGCCUUGUGGCUACGAUAGAACAGAUAGACAGAGCAGUUGGUAUCAUCCCCCGGGGGGCAUUUGUGAAGACUCCUCUUGGGUCUGUGCAUGAAAACAGAAACUUUGAAGGUCUUUCGUUCACGGAGGCAAAAAAAUUAAGUUCCUAUUUCCAUUUUACUGAGCCUGUUAAUCUGAAGAAUAAAACUCUGCUGGAAAAGGCUGAUCUGGACCCAUCCACCGACUUUCUAGACUCUCUGGAGCAUGACAUCCCACAAGGGUUUGUGGUAGAGAGGUUUUUGGUUUUGUGAGGCCUGAAACUACAAACCUGUUGCAGCAGGAGAUGAAUCUGUGGUGCUUUCUAUGUUUCUACUAGAAUGCAGGCACCAAGGGCUAAGUGCCUGAAGGCUGAUUUGCAUCACAGAACUGAUUUUAGCCACCUUUGAAAGAUUACAGAUAUUAUUCUGCAGUGUUUCACAUCUAGUUCAAGGGACCAGGCAACUGGCAAGUCAUGUUAGACAUGAAGAUGGUGGUUUUGUUGAAGUCUUUAAAUCAAAUUUGACUUAUAGCUGUAUUUUACCCUGUGGCAGAUAGAAUAUGUGGCUCAGCUGUGCUGUUGUCAUGUUUGUCUUCCCUGAGGCAACCUGAGGUCUGUGUUACUGUGAACCUUUGUCCCCUUCCUGGGAGGCUGUGGUUGUUAGUGCAGAUUUCAGCCUCCUCAAAAAAAUUACCUCUCAAAGACUACCUGAGCUCAAGGGAAGUGGAGUGCUUCUUAAUGGCAAAGAAGAUUCAUCAUGGUGCCUAUGCAGCUCUGGCUGCUCUGUCCUGCUCUUUUUUGGACUGAACCUGAGGACUGAUGGAAUGAGCUUGUCAGGUGAAGGAAGUAAGACAUGAACUGGUUACAGGAUCAGCAAAGCAUGUAGCCUCUCUAACUGCAUUCUUAUCACAUGCAGACAGGAGCUCUAACAUUAAAGAAAGGACAACCUACCCUCCCUUUAGACAAGCAUUCAAGUUGCCUAAAGUACCGGUUACUUGUGAAAAUGUGUGUGUGGGGGAAAGAAUGGAGGGCAGACACAGGCUUUCUGCUGAUAUUAUCAGCAUAGCUCUGCCAAAGUCACUCAGUUCUGGUUGCAAGGCACUCAACUGCUGGUUCUUGGAUUACCUUCCUUCAGCUCUGCCAGUGUGUGUUGGUCCCGACCCAGAGCAGACAGUGCAUUUUGUAUUUCCUGACACAUUGAUUGUUCAUAGCUCUGUCAAAUCCCUUCAUUUUGACCUGAAACUUUUCUUCCCUUCCCUGGCUAGAUCUUCUCUUGAGCAAUUAUUGUCAGAGCAGAAGUAGGAAUUCCCAAAUCUGUUGUAUCUAGAACUGUAUCUGAAGUCAGAAUUGUCUCUGCCCUCAACAAAUGUGCAUGAAGUGGACUGGGGGUGAGUGACAUCUGAGUGAUGCUUCUAGCCUGCACUGGCUAGAAUUUCCUUAAAAGCACCUUAAAAGACCUGAAGAACAGGACUGAGAGAUUAAGGGCUAAUCUUAACUUGUCUAAAAGUAACAACUCUGUUGGAAUAGUUUUCUUUAUAAAUUGGAGACUGAGCCUCUGUGACGGCUGUCAAGGGGGUAACUGUCAUAAAAUGUAUGGUGUGUCAUUAUAGGAGAGCAGAGGUGUCUUACAGAAUGGCAAGUUGGAGGCAGAGAGAACAUUUUAUAUGACAGCUGAGAGGUGGGAAGAAAGGAAGUUAAAUCCAGGCUGAAUAAGGGAAACGAUGGUAAAAGCGGAGAAUUUAGUGCAAGAUUGGAAAACCUGGAGUUUUGUAACAAAACUGUCUGCCACUCUUAUCUUUACCAGUGGUACCUGUCAUGAUUGCACCUUCCAGAUUCUGUGUGUGUGUCUAUUGGGUUAUCUGUGCACUUUAAGAGUUCAGAAUAUGUUGCUGCUCCUCCCCUAA